AUGAAAUCACAGUUAACAAUGGCUCCAUAUUCUACCACAGAUGAUUAUUGUAUUGAAUAUAUAAAAAAUAUUAAUUAUAUUAUUGGUGGAAUCACUCUUAUAACAUCAAUUGCAUUAAUGUUUUUACAAAGUUUAAUUUUUAUUAUAUUAAAAAAAAAUUCCAGUAUUGCUAAAAGUAUUUCUUUUCGGUUAAUGAAACAUUUAGGUUAUACAGAAAUAGUACAACAAAUAUGCCAUCUAAUUUCAUCAUUUUAUGCACUAUUUUAUUUUUAUCCAGAUAAUAUUUUUGGAACAUUUAUAGCAUCAUUAUUACAAACAACUUAUCUCUCAUCAAUAAUAUUUCUUUUAAUUUUAACUUUAAAUAGACUUGAUGUAUUUUUUAAUAGAAAAAUUUUAUGUUCAUUAAAUAGAGAAAAAUUUAUUAAUUAUUCUGUAAUUAUUAACUAUCUCUGGAGUGUUGUUUUGUUGAUAUUUUUUAUGGUACCAGAUUUUCAAUUACACUACUCACUUUAUGAUUUUGGAUGGCAAUUUGUGGCAAAAUCUCCAAAUUGGACAAUAGCAAAAAUGUUUGAAAAUAGAUAUGUAAUAAUAAUUUUAUGUUUUUGUUUUAUUCUUUAUGUUGUUAUAAUUGGAAAAAUACUACAAUUAAAAAGUUAUACCUCCAAAGGUACAACUAUUUCAUUUUCAGAAAUUAGUUUAUUUUUACAAGGAAUUAUAAGUUUUCUUUUUAUAGUUUUUCUUGAAUCAUGUUGGAGUUUUUUGUAUUUAUACUUACCACAAACAAAAUAUUCAUUUACAAUAAUUAAUUAUUUAUAUCUCUUUAGUAGUGGUACAAAUGCUAUUGUAAGUUUAAUUUUUAUAAAAGAAAUACGUCUAGGUUUGAAAGAUUUAAUAUUUCCACGUAAAAAUAAAAUAAAUGGUGAAAUUAGAACAAUAAAAAUAACUUCACCCAAGUCAAAAAUAUAA